UAUCCUCUGCUCCGCUGCAUAUUGUGACGCCAAAUUUUGUCCCACUCCCACAUCCAGCACUGCAUUUGUCGCUCACAUGUGUCGGUUGUGCUGUUAGCAUAUUUUAUCGCUAUUUAUUCCAAUUAUUUAUUAAAACCUGCGCAAAAAUGAUUGUUUCAACAAAUAAAAGCAAUCCAAAUGCCCUGAAAUUGAUAAUUGCAGGAGAAAUAAGUGGAAAUCCUGUUGAACUCAGAAUAGUCACGGCGUCCGAUAGUCCUCUGGGACGUUUACCCACGCUAGAAUUGCCCAAUGGCAUAACCUUGAUAAGUUCCACCGCAGCACUACAGUAUCUAGUACCAGGGGAUGAACAACAGAAUAUUUUCGUCAAUAAAUGGCUGGAGUGGGAUUCCACUCAACUACAGCCGGCAGUUGUCUCCUAUGGGAGUUCAGGCUCACUGGACACCUCCCACAAGCCUCGAAUUUGGUCACUGCUUACCCAGUUAAACGCCUCUCUAAAAGCUCAGAAGUACUUAAUAACCGACACCCCAAGUGUCGUGGACAUCGCCAUUUUCUCGACACUGUGGUGCACGAUAUUCAUGCCGGAAAUUUCAAAAGAGCUGUCCAAUGAGUUCCUUUACGUGAAUCGAUGGCUGCAAGAUCUGGAGAUUUUUCCACCAGUUAAAAAAUCCCUCGCAAACCUCGCAAAGCUAGACCUCGAGAGAGGCUUCAAGUCUAUCUCAAGCCUGCAGUCGUCCGCGUGGUACCCAAUGAAUUCCUACACAGGCGUCCGCACUCAAAAGUCCUCCCAAGAAGUGGUGACUCCAUCGUCCCCAGCAAAGGAACCAGAAGUCAUAACCGAAAAAGAGCUCGAGACCUCGAGAAAUAACUGGUCACGUCCGAAGCACCCUUCGAUAAAGGCUCCCACGUAUCCAGUCCUUCCAAAGAAAAAUCAGCGCAAUAUUUUAAUCACCUCAGCCCUUCCGUACGUCAACAACGUUCCGCACCUCGGUAAUAUUAUCGGGUGCGUUCUGUCAGCCGACGUUUUCGCACGUUAUGCCCGCCAGCGUGACUACAAUACCCUGUACAUAAGCGGAACGGACGAAUACGGAACUGCAACCGAAGCCAAAGCCCUUGAAGAAAAUAUGGCGCCCCAAGAAAUUUGCGAUAAAUACUUUGGGAUUCACAACGAUAUCUACCGCUGGUUCAACAUCGGUUUCGAUUACUUCGGGAGGACAACAACUCCGGAACAAACGGAGAUCGUUCAGGAGGCCUUCCUCCGUAUAAAGUCUCAAGGGUACAUCAUAACUGAGAGCGUUGACCAGUUGCUGUGCGAAAGGUGCAAUCGUUUUCUUGCUGAUAGGUUUGUCGAGGGCACAUGUCCAAGGUGUAAAUAUCAAGACGCAAGAGGCGACCAGUGCGACGGCUGUGGUCAUCUUGUUAACGCCACUGAACUGAUAAACCCGAGAUGUAAAGUCUGUUUGCAAACACCGGUGAUAAAGGCGUCAAAUCAAUUCUUCCUAGAUCUUCCCAAGAUUCAGCCCAAGCUCAAAGAAUGGGCGUCUAAAGCCGAGAAGUCUUGGUCUAAUGUAGCCAGAGCUGUGACCCGACCUUGGUUGAGGGACGGACUUAAGCAGAGGUGUAUAACGAGAGACUUGAAAUGGGGUAUUCCCGUUCCUCUGGAGGGAUUCAGGGACAAAGUUUUCUACGUUUGGUUUGAUGCACCCCUGGGAUAUAUCAGUAUCACGAAGAGGUACACACAAGAGUACGAGAAAUGGUGGAGACCCAGUGAAGACGCCAAAGUCGAUCUCUACCAGUUCAUGGCGAAAGACAAUGUUCCCUUCCAUGCUAUUAUGUUCCCUGCAACUUUACUCGCUGCCGAUCAGGGUCACACAUUAGUCAAGCAUAUCAUGGCAACCGAAUAUCUUAACUACGAAGACACAAAGUUCUCCAAGUCCAGGGGAAUCGGAGUCUUCGGAACUGACGCCCGAGAAACCGGAAUUCCUGCUGACGUCUGGAGAUUCUACUUAACGUACAUCCGUCCUGAGAGCCAAGAUUCAAAUUUCAACUGGGUGGAUCUUGCCACGAAGAACAACUCUGAGCUACUCAAUAAUUUUGGCAAUUUUGUCAAUCGAGCCUUGACAUUCGCGGUGAAGAAUUUCAAAGGUGUUGUUCCAGAGAUGGAACUUAGGAAUGACGAUCUUCAGCUUCUGGUGCUUGUGCAGCGAGAGUUGAGUCAGUACAUUAUGGCUAUGGAGCAAGCUAAAUUCAGAGACGGUGUGCGGCAUCUGCUGGCUAUAUCCAAGCAUGGUAAUCAGUAUAUGCAGUCUCAGCAGCCCUGGGUAUUGAUUAAAGGAAAUGAAGAGAGCCAAGUAAAAGCCGCAGGAACGGUUAUCGGUGUUUGUUGUAACAUCAGCUGUCUUCUGUCUGCUCUCUUGGGGCCGUUCAUGCCAGAGACAUCGCGCCAGCUGAGAAAACAAUUGGGACUUGAUGGAAGCACCUAUGGCUAUAUUCCCGAUACUGUUUCCGUUCUACUGCCUCCAGGACACAAGUUGGGGGAGGCGACACCGUUAUUCAGUAAGAUUGAGGAUUCGGUAGUGGAGGAGUUGAGGAAAAAAUAUGCAGGCAAGCAGGACAAUGGGCGCAAGGCGUUUAAGGCUGGUGAGACUGUUGCUGAGCUGCGGGCGCAAAUUGCUGCCCAAGGGGCGAAAGUCAAGGAGCUCAAGGCCAAGACGGACAACAGCGUCUGGCAGCCAGAAGUACAGAUUCUACUGCAGUUAAAGAUUAAAUUGGCGACACUGAACGAGGGAUCUGAUGGGACUGUCAAUACAGCAACUAUUGGGGUGGUAAAAGCAGAGAAUGGACCUGUUCAGAAUGGCAAAACUGAAUGUGAUGCUGUCGCUGCUUUGGAAGCUGCUAUUGCUAGACAGGCCCUUUUCGUACGAGAUCUCAAAGCUAGCGCGGACAAGAGUGUGUGGCAACCCGAAGUCAACACUCUUCUAAAAUUGAAAAAGGAGUUGAGCGAUGCUACUGGUGUGAUAACACCGAAUCCGGGUGACAAGAAGUCAAAGAAGAAGAAGUAGAUUAAAUUAUUAUUCAGCUGACCUUGGCAAAAUGCAUCACCAGAUGGCUUCACGCGUUCCAGUGUGAAAAUCACAUAAACCAUAAAUAAUCGAUAAUUAGUUUUUCAAGUGAAUAUAUGAAUUCUCAAAAUACUGUUAAAGCAUUUGUACCCUCUUCACAGUAUUCAAUAAGCCAUGCACUGAAUAUAAAAUAAUGUUAUUUAUUCUGUAUUGACACAGGAAAUAUUAAAGAAAAGACAUUGACAUACUCGCA